CAACAACUACCACAAGAUGUUCAGAUUCUCACCGGUGUUCCUGUACUUUUUAAUUUCACCUAUAAUGAUAUAUUUACAUGGAAUUUCUUUUCACUUUUCUCCCAGCUGAAUAUCUGAUUGAGAUUGAGAUUAGUGCAGUAGAUACAACAGUCCUGAAUCAUCUGAGGAACCUUUUGGAGACACUCAGUUUACCCUUAAUAAACAGUAACAUCAAUAUCACUGAAAUCAACAUCACCACAGUGUGCAGUUUGAAUGCUACUGAAUAUCAGUGCAGGUGUGAGGAUCAGUAUUUCUGGCCAUGUGAAAAGUGCAAACUAUAUGGGUCUUGUAAUAACGUCACCAAUUCCUCAUGUGGCUGCAUCAACGCUCUUCCAAAUGAUGGACACUUCUGCCAACCAAUCAGUGAGCUGACGAAUAACUCUACAUGUCCAGAUCAUCCACCCCCAGCUGAAUAUCUGAUUGAGAUUGAGAUUAGUGCAGUAGAUACAACAGUCCUGAAUCAUCUGAGGAACCUUUUGGAGACACUCAGUUUACCCUUAAUAAACAGUAACAUCAAUAUCACUGAAAUCAACAUCACUACAGUGUGCAGUUUGAAUGCUACUAAAUAUCAGUGCAGGUGUGAGGAUCAGUAUUUCUGGCCGUGUGAAAAAUGCAAACUAUAUGGGUCUUGUAAUAACGUCACCAAUUCCUCGUGUGGCUGCAUCAACGCUCUUCCAAAUGAUGGACACUUCUGCCAGCCAAUCAGUGAGCUGAUGAAUAACUCUACAUGUCCAGCUGAACCACCUCCAGCUGAUUAUCUGAUAGAGAUUGAGCUUGACACAGUAGAUAUAACAGUCCUGAAUGAACUGAGGUACCUUUUGAAGACCUACAGUUUACCCUCAAUAAACACUGACAUCAGUAUCACUGACAUUAACAUCACUACAGUGUGCAGUUUGAAUGCUACUGAAUAUCAGUGCAGGUGUGAGGAUCAGUAUUUCUGGCCGUGUGAAAAGUGCAAACUAUAUGGGUCUUGUAAUAACGUCACCAAUUCCUCAUGUGGCUGCAUCAACGCAAUUCCAAAUGAUGGACACUUCUGCCAACCAAUCAGUGAGCUGAUGAAUAACUCUACAUGUCCAGAUCAUCCACCCCCAGCUGAAUAUCUGAUUGAGAUUGAGAUUAGUGCAGUAGAUACAACAGUCCUGAAUCAUCUGAGGAACCUUUUGGAGACACUCAGUUUACCCUUAAUAAACAGUAACAUCAAUAUCACUGAAAUCAACAUCACUACAGUGUGCAGUUUGAAUGCUACUGAAUAUCAGUGCAGGUGUGAGGAUCAGUAUUUCUGGCCAUGUGAAAAGUGCAAACUCUAUGGGUCUUGUAAUAACGUCACCAAUUCCUCGUGUGGCUGCAUCAACGCUCUUCCAAAUGAUGGACACUUCUGCCAACCAAUCAGUGAGCUGAUGAAUAACUCUACAUGUCCAGCUGAACCACCUCCAGCUGAUUAUCUGAUAGAGAUUGAGCUUGACACAGUAGAUAUAACAGUCCUGAAUGAACUGAGGUACCUUUUGAAGACCUACAGUUUACCCUCAAUAAACACUGACAUCAGAAUCGCUGACAUUAACAUCACUACAGUGUGCAGUUUGAAUGCUACUGAAUAUCAGUGCAGGUGUGAGGAUCAGUAUUUCUGGCCGUGUGAAAAGUGCAAACUCUAUGGGUCUUGUAAUAACGUCACCAAUUCCUCAUGUGGCUGCAUCAACGCUCUUCCAAAUGAUGGACACUUCUGCCAACCAAUCAGUGAGCUGAUGAAUAACUCUACAUGUCCAGAUCAUCCACCCCCAGCUGAAUAUCUGAUUGAGAUUGAGAUUAGUGCAGUAGAUACAACAGUCCUGAAUCAUCUGAGGAACCUUUUGGAGACACUCAGUUUACCCUUAAUAAACAGUAACAUCAAUAUCACUGAAAUCAACAUCACUACAGUGUGCAGUUUGAAUGCUACUGAAUAUCAGUGCAGGUGUGAGGAUCAGUAUUUCUGGCCGUGUGAAAAGUGCAAACUCUAUGGGUCUUGUAAUAACCUCACCAAUUCCUCAUGUGGCUGCAUCAACGCUCUUCCAAAUGAUGGACACUUCUGCCAACCAAUCAGUGAGCUGAUGAAUAACUCUAUAUGUCCAGCUGAACCAUCGCCAGCUGAUUAUCUGAUAGAGAUUGAGCUUGACACAGUAGAUAUAACAGUCCUGAAUGAACUGAGGUACCUUUUGAAGACCUACAGUUUACCGUCAAUAAACACUGACAUCAGAAUCGCUGACAUUAACAUCACUACAGUGUGCAGUUUGAAUGCUACUGAAUAUCAGUGCAGGUGUGAGGAUCAGUAUUUCUGGCCGUGUGAAAAGUGCAAACUCUAUGGGUCUUGUAAUAACCUCACCAAUUCCUCAUGUGGCUGCAUCAACGCUCUUCCAAAUGAUGGACACUUCUGCCAACCAAUCAGUGAGCUGAUGAAUAACUCUACAUGUCCAGCUGAACCAUCCCCAGCUGAUUAUCUGAUAGAGAUUGAGCUUGACACAGUAGAUAUAACAGUCCUGAAUGAACUGAGGUACCUUUUGAAGACCUACAGUUUACCCUCAAUAAACACUGACAUCAGAAUCGCUGACAUUAACAUCACUACAGUGUGCAGUUUGAAUGCUACUAAAUAUCAGUGCAGGUGUGAGGAUCAGUAUUUCUGGCCGUGUGAAAAGUGCAAACUAUAUGGGUCUUGUAAUAACGUCACCAAUGCCUCAUGUGGCUGCAUCAACGCUCUUCCAAAUGAUGGACACUUCUGCCAACCAAUCAGUGAGCUGAUGAAUAACUCUACAUGUCCAGCUGAACCAUCCCCAGCUGAUUAUCUGAUAGAGAUUGAGCUUGACACAGUAGAUAUAACAGUCCUGAAUGAACUGAGGUACCUUUUGAAGACCUACAGUUUACCCUCAAUAAACACUGACAUCAGUAUCGCUGACAUUAACAUCACUACAGUGUGCAGUUUGAAUGCUACUGAAUAUCAGUGCAGGUGUGAGGAUCAGUAUUUCUGGCCGUGUGAAAAGUGCAAACUCUAUGGGUCUUGUAAUAACGUCACCAAUGCCUCAUGUGGCUGCAUCAACGCUCUUCCAAAUGAUGGACACUUCUGCCAACCAAUCAGUGAGCUGAUGAAUAACUCUACAUGUCCAGCUGAACCAUCCCCAGCUGAUUAUCUGAUAGAGAUUGAGCUUGACACAGUAGAUAUAACAGUCCUGAAUGAACUGAGGGACCUUUUGAAGACCUACAGUUUACCGUCAAUAAACACUGACAUCAGAAUCGCUGACAUUAACAUCACUACAGUGUGCAGUUUGAAUGCUACUGAAUAUCAGUGCAGGUGUGAGGAUCAGUAUUUCUGGCCGUGUGAAAAGUGCAAACUCUAUGGGUCUUGUAAUAACCUCACCAAUUCCUCAUGUGGCUGCAUCAACGCUCUUCCAAAUGAUGGACACUUCUGCCAACCAAUCAGUGAGCUGAUGAAUAACGCUACAUGUCAAGCUGAACCACCUCCAGCUGAUUAUCUGAUAGAGAUUGAGCUUGACACAGUAGAUAUAACAGUCCUGAAUGAACUGAGGUACCUUUUGAAGACCUACAGUUUACCGUCAAUAAACACUGACAUCAGUAUCGCUGACAUUAACAUCACUACAGUGUGCAGUUUGAAUGCUACUGAAUAUCAGUGCAGGUGUGAGGAUCAGUAUUUCUGGCCGUGUGAAAAGUGCAAACUAUAUGGGUCUUGUAAUAACGUCACCAAUUCCUCAUGUGGCUGCAUCAACGCUCUUCCAAAUGAUGGACACUUCUGCCAACCAAUCAGUGAGCUGAUGAAUAACUCUACAUGUCCAGCUGAACCACCUCCAGCUGAUUAUCUGAUAGAGAUUGAGCUUGACACAGUAGAUAUAACAGUCCUGAAUGAACUGAGGGACCUUUUGAAGACCUACAGUUUACCGUCAAUAAACACUGACAUCAGUAUCGCUGACAUUAACAUCACUACAGUGUGCAGUUUGAAUGCUACUGAAUAUCAGUGCAGGUGUGAGGAUCAGUAUUUCUGGCCGUGUGAAAAAUGCAAACUAUAUGGGUCUUGUAAUAACGUCACCAAUUCCUCAUGUGGCUGCAUCAACGCUCUUCCAAAUGAUGGACACUUCUGCCAACCAAUCAGUGAGCUGAUGAAUAACUCUAUAUGUCCAGCUGAACCAUCGCCAGCUGAUUAUCUGAUAGAGAUUGAGCUUGACACAGUAGAUAUAACAGUCCUGAAUGAACUGAGGUACCUUUUGAAGACCUACAGUUUACCGUCAAUAAACACUGACAUCAGAAUCGCUGACAUUAACAUCACUACAGUGUGCAGUUUGAAUGCUACUGAAUAUCAGUGCAGGUGUGAGGAUCAGUAUUUCUGGCCGUGUGAAAAAUGCAAACUAUAUGGGUCUUGUAAUAACGUCACCAAUUCCUCAUGUGGCUGCAUCAACACUCUUCCAAAUGAUGGACACUUCUGCCAACCAAUCAGUGAGCUGAUGAAUAACUCUACAUGUCCAACUGAACCAUCCCCAGCUGAUUAUCUGAUAGAGAUUGAGCUUGACACAGUAGAUAUAACAGUCCUGAAUGAACUGAGGUACCUUUUGAAGACCUACAGUUUACCGUCAAUAAACACUGACAUCAGUAUCGCUGACAUUAACAUCACUACAGUGUGCAGUUUGAAUGCUACUAAAUAUCAGUGCAGGUGUGAGGAUCAGUAUUUCUGGCCAUGUGAAAAAUGCAAACUCUAUGGGUCUUGUAAUAACGUCACCAAUUCCUCAUGUGGCUGCAUCAACGCUCUUCCAAAUGAUGGACACUUCUGCCAACCAAUCAGUGAGCUGAUGAAUAACUCUAUAUGUCCAGCUGAACCAUCGCCAGCUGAUUAUCUGAUAGAGAUUGAGCUUGACACAGUAGAUAUAACAGUCCUGAAUGAACUGAGGUACCUUUUGAAGACCUACAGUUUACCGUCAAUAAACACUGACAUCAGAAUCGCUGACAUUAACAUCACUACAGUGUGCAGUUUGAAUGCUACUGAAUAUCAGUGCAGGUGUGAGGAUCAGUAUUUCUGGCCGUGUGAAAAAUGCAAACUAUAUGGGUCUUGUAAUAACGUCACCAAUUCCUCAUGUGGCUGCAUCAACACUCUUCCAAAUGAUGGACACUUCUGCCAACCAAUCAGUGAGCUGAUGAAUAACUCUACAUGUCCAACUGAACCAUCCCCAGCUGAUUAUCUGAUAGAGAUUGAGCUUGACACAGUAGAUAUAACAGUCCUGAAUGAACUGAGGUACCUUUUGAAGACCUACAGUUUACCGUCAAUAAACACUGACAUCAGUAUCGCUGACAUUAACAUCACUACAGUGUGCAGUUUGAAUGCUACUAAAUAUCAGUGCAGGUGUCAGGAUCAGUAUUUCUGGCCAUGUGAAAAAUGCAAACUCUAUGGGUCUUGUAAUAACGUCACCAAUUCCUCAUGUGGCUGCAUCAACGCUCUUCCAAAUGAUGGACACUUCUGCCAACCAAUCAGUGAGCUGAUGAAUAACUCUAUAUGUCCAGCUGAACCAUCGCCAGCUGAUUAUCUGAUAGAGAUUGAGCUUGACACAGUAGAUAUAACAGUCCUGAAUGAACUGAGGUACCUUUUGAAGACCUACAGUUUACCGUCAAUAAACACUGACAUCAGAAUCGCUGACAUUAACAUCACUACAGUGUGCAGUUUGAAUGCUACUGAAUAUCAGUGCAGGUGUGAGGAUCAGUAUUUCUGGCCGUGUGAAAAAUGCAAACUAUAUGGGUCUUGUAAUAACGUCACCAAUUCCUCAUGUGGCUGCAUCAACACUCUUCCAAAUGAUGGACACUUCUGCCAACCAAUCAGUGAGCUGAUGAAUAACUCUACAUGUCCAACUGAACCAUCCCCAGCUGAUUAUCUGAUAGAGAUUGAGCUUGACACAGUAGAUAUAACAGUCCUGAAUGAACUGAGGUACCUUUUGAAGACCUACAGUUUACCGUCAAUAAACACUGACAUCAGUAUCGCUGACAUUAACAUCACUACAGUGUGCAGUUUGAAUGCUACUAAAUAUCAGUGCAGGUGUGAGGAUCAGUAUUUCUGGCCAUGUGAAAAAUGCAAACUCUAUGGGUCUUGUAAUAACGUCACCAAUUCCUCAUGUGGCUGCAUCAACGCGCUUCCAAAUGAUGGACACUUCUGCCAACCAAUCAGUGAGCUGAUGAAUAACUCUAUAUGUCCAGCUGAACCAUCGCCAGUACCAGCUCAACCCACCACGCCACAAUCUGUAGUUAACACAAUAACUCCUGCAAUCCCCUCCAAAACCACCAAACCUGCAGACAUCCAUGUAUUAAGCUUCUCACUGGCAAUAAAUGAAGAAUUUGACUUUGUACUCACUGACAAAAACAGUGCAAAAUACAAAACAUAUAAAGAAAAAAUUGAGAAUUCAAUUAAUAAAAUCUACAGUACUGUACCUGGCUACCAGGCCAACUCUGCAACAGUGACUGGUUUCAGAUCUGGCAGUGUGCUGGCAGACUUUACUAUUCAAACAACAAGUGUUAACCCUAAUUUGGUAUCAGCGAACGAAAACCUUGCUGAUAAUCUCCGUUCACUGGGAUUUAAUGUUAGCAAUACUGCAUUCAUUCAAAGUGUGAAAGGUGGACUAUAUCAAAGCAGUGGCAAUAUAUAUCCUGGGACAAAUCUCAAACUGACCUGCAAUCCUCCAGUGAAUAAUGGCAUAAAGUGGACCCUGAAUGGGGCUGUACUACCCCAGACAGAUAAUAUCCUUCAACUCGAUAAUGUCAUUCCCAGUAACAGUGGUCAAUAUGCAUGCACAACAACAGUAAACUCAAUGCCCUAUGUUAUCUGGCAAAUUAUUACAAUUCAGCCUUACCCCAAUAUCCAAGUGAGCAAUAAAAAAAUUGUAAAAUGUCAGGAUAAAACAAUCCCACUGCAGUGUUGUGUUCAGGAGAUUUAUGAAGUGGAAUGGAAAACAGAUGUCUCAGCUUGCAGCCCAACUUCAACAAGCCCACUGGCAGGCUGCAUACUAUGUGACUACAUGAUUAAAGAAAAGGAAUGCCAGAUUAGUGACCAAGUAAAACAGGUCACAUGCCAACUCAAAAAUCCCAUCAGUGGAAGUACAACUCAAAGUUACAACUCAAAGAGCAUAACAAUAGAUGUAAUAAACAAAGCAUUUACCUGCUCUGACAGUGUAUUUGGAGAUGGAAAUCUGGGAGAUGAACGCACUGGUGACUGCAGUGGAGACAUGGUUGGCUAUCAAGUAGCUCGCUGUAAUUCAUCAAACCAAUGGGACCCCAUAGAAGACUACUGUGUCCUGCGUGUCUUUGACAAUUUAAAAGUGGAAGCUGAGAAUUUACAGGUGGCAAACAUUCCACAAUUUAUGGCCAAUGUCAGCAAUAAUGCUAUAUUAGCGAUUCAAAACAUCACUGACUCUCCAGCUACCAUAUUAACAAUUGUAGAAAUAUUGAAAAUCAUUUCCGAUCUCUCACAAACAAUUGUAAUCAAUCAACCUGUUAUGACGGAUUUCCUUAAAACAACUGAUGUCAUUGGAUCAGACAGUGCACAGGAUACAUGGGUGCUUUUAAACAACAACAGUACAACAAUGAAUACCAGUUCUGAACUUCUGAACUCAACUGAACGCAUUUCACGCAGACUCUCAAAUGAAAAUCUCUGGAUAACAACAAACUUCUCUUCUCUCAAUAAAACUUCCAUUACUGCCCCCUUUUCUGGAACAUUUGGAAAAAAUUCAACUACCCAAAUAAAUAUUCCAGUGACUAGUGCACAGACAUCCCUCACAGUGAUAAUUUCUUUAUCUCUUAACAAUAUCUUACCUGUUAGAAAUCUGACCUACAAUGACAGCAGUCAAGGUGGCACCAGGAUCAAUGGAGAUGUAGCCCUAAUUGAGACAAACACAACAAUUAACAAUAUCUCCCUUUCUUUUAACAUUAAAAAUAAGACACUUGGAAAACCUCAGUGUGUCUUUUGGAACUUUAGUCUUCUGAAUGGUGUUGGUGGAUGGGACUCGACUGGAUGUCAACUAAAGACAGGGAAUGAAACUGAAAGAUUUACAUGUGAGUGCAAUCACACAACCUCUUUUUCAAUCCUGAUGUCACCAUUUUCCCUGGAUAAAGGCUUAGCUAUAAUCUUAGACUAUAUAACUUACAUUGGUGUGGCCAUUUCAUUGGCCAGCUUGGUUUUGUGCCUCAUCAUUGAAAUCAUUAUAUGGAAAUCAGUGACAAGAAACGACACAUCCUACAUGCGCCAUGUCUCCAUAGUCAACAUUGCUGUCUCCCUUCUGAUUGCGGACAUAUGCUUCAUCAUUGGAGCAGCUGUUGUUAACCAAGGAGAGGGUCCCUGCAGUACAGCGACAUUCUUCAUGCACUUCUUUUAUCUUGCCCUUUUCUUCUGGAUGUUGCUGUCAGCACUCUUGCUCCUCUACCGCACCCUCAUGGUCUUUUCCAGAAUGACCAGAGGAGCAAUGAUGGCUAUAGCCUUCACUGUUGGCUAUGGAGCCCCGCUAAUCAUAGCUGUCAUUACUGUGGCAUCUACAGCUGGAAGAAAAGGAUACAUUCAAAAAGAUUAUAAUUGCUGGCUAAACUGGAAUGAAACGAAGGCCCUCCUGGCAUUUGUGAUUCCUGCUCUGACUAUUGUAGCUAUAAACCUCCUGGUGCUUAUUGUGGUUCUGUGUAAGAUGAUGAGGAGAGGAGUUAAUGCUUCCACUCAGCCAGAUGAGAAACAUCCCCUAAUGGUCAUUGCUAGAUGUGUGGCAAUUUUAACACCUCUCUUUGGUCUAACGUGGGGAUUCGGCAUUGGGACCAUGGUGUCUCCGAACUUUGGGAUUCAUGUAGUGUUCGCAUUCCUUAAUUCACUGCAGGGUUUCUUUAUUUUGCUGUUCGGGACAUUACUGGAUAGUAAGGUCCGAGAAGCACUGGCAGGAACGUUUUCACUGAGGAACCUAAGCUCAACCCGCACCAGGAGUACGAGUGCAGGACCAUCAUCCUCAAGUGGAUUUCCUUUCAUUCAGAGGUUACGGCAGAGAAAUGCGUACAAUGUAUCGAGUGGCGGCAUUUCGUCUUCAAGCAACUCCGAUGCAGUUAUUGACAACUAAACUAAUAUGCCCAUGUUAUAAGGGUCUGUUUAACUGCAAACAUCAUACAUUAUACAGUACAUCUACAUACAAAAUAAGAAAAGCUUUUCAUUUUUUAAGUGGUUGUUGUUAACAAAUAAGAACAUGAAAAUGAAUAAAUCUAAAUAAAAUUAACAAGUAGAAUUCGACAGGGAUGCCUCUGCCGCAAACAAGUCUAGUGCUUCUUGUUAAUAGUUUGUAUGCCUGAAAUGCCCAUAAAUAUACUUCAAACAGCAAGGAAGAUAUUAAAGAAAAACUGUUUCAGAAAUUUAAUCUGCUAUGACCUUGUUUUUAAAUUCUAUAAGUUCAUUUGGCUGGUUACAAAGAUAUUUCCAUAUAAAUCACAAAAACAUUCAACCACUCAUUCUUGAUGUAUCAUGCUAACAAGAAUCUCUGACAGACAGACGGACAACCCCAAAACAUACAUUUUUCCACAUAUAUUUUUUUUAAACAAAAUAUUUUUGUUUAACAAAAGGUUUUAAGAAAAUUUAUCUCAUUUAUCUUCAUUAUUAGAUAUUGCACGCAUACAAUGAUGAGAUAUUUUAUUCCUUAUUCGUCCCUAAAAUAUCUGGUUGGUAUCCAAUUCCACUGUUGAUCUACUAACUGCCUUGACCUUAAUUCGUAUCUUAACUACAUUCUAUUAACUGUCAUUUACCUUGAUUAAUUUCAUAGCUACAGCUAUUCAGACACUGGUAAGCGUUACAUUGCUAGAAUGCACAAAAUAUUUGAACAUGGUCCUGGUUUGUAAAUAACAUGCCACUACCAGGCUGGUCCUAUACAGAUAUGUGCAGUAUGUUAAUGGUUAAAUGGAUGGUAAUGAGUCACUAAAAGAAACUAUUGUUGGUACCGAAAAAUUGUGAUUAGAGCAACUUACGAGCGUGCCCCUUUACACACAGUUUGUUUCAUUACUUACUGUCAUGGCCACCUCUGGGAGCACUCCAUAAUCUUACCUGGACUUCUAGAACCAAAGCACCACCCACACUCACCUGUAGCCAAUCACAUUCAAACUAUGCCUAAAGGGUUGAGGAGUUGUUCUCUGCUGUGCAUUUCUGAGCCAUGGUUUUUGUGUGUGAUCUGUCUUGUUUUGCUUUUUUGUUUUAAUUUUUGUGUCUUGGAUUACAGUUUGGUUGCCUGUCUGUCUUCAUGCUUUGACCCUGUCUGUUUAAUGACCUCUCAAGUUUAGAUUUUGGACUGGAUUUUGUUACUGUUACUGUGUUUUAAAUAAAUAUAUCUUAACAAAUGAA